ACUUAAAACGUCAACAGCCUCAUUUUAACAACAAAAACAGUAACAAGAUCUUAUAUUUAGUUACGUUGUGCAAUGGAUUUUAAGGAACUGUGCGGUUUAUUUAAUGCUGUAAAAGACGCGAAAGCAGCGGCAACUAAACGCAAAUUAGUGGAGGAGUGUUUUUCUGCGUGGCGUUCGAAACACUCAAAACAAUGCAUGUUUUCAAUAUUGCGGCUCAUUGUUCCCAAGCUGGACCGAGAGCGGGACUCCUACGGCUUGCAGGAAAAGAAAAUAUCCAGAAUUCUGAUAAAAAUGCUCGCUCUGCCUAAGAAUACCCAACAAAUGCUCAGCAUUCAAGACGGUUGUUUGCCAGUUGGAGACUAUGCUGACAUGGUCUACUCGGUUAUCCACAGUUAUAUAUCCCAAUACAAAACCACGCUAACGGUUCUGGAGCUGAAUAAAUGCCUAGACGAUAUAGUGGCCAGAACAAACGAAGCUCAAGUCGAGGAAAUAGUAAUGAAGCUGUUUAAGAAGUGUUCUGCUGAAGACUCCAAAUGGAUCAUCCGCAUAAUCCUCAAAAGGCUAAAACUGUCUAUCGAUGAGAACCAGAUCCUAAAUUGCUACCAUAAAGAUGGGGCACAUUAUUACCUAUCGGGCAGCAAUUUGAGGAAAGUGUGCGAAGUUUUAUACGACAAGAACAUUAACGUUCACGAACUGGACAUUGAAAUAUUCCAACCAUUUCGGCCCAUGCUGUCCAAGCGCGUGGAUGCAGCAGUUUUCAAGAAGCACUUCACCAACAAUAAACCGUUUUAUAUAGAAAAUAAAUUUGACGGGGAAAGGUUCCAAGUGCACAUGCAAAACGGUGCGUUCAAGUACUUCUCAAGACAGGCUUUUGAUUUCACCAGUACAUAUGGGGCGACAUUCGACGACGACAAUGGGCUUCUCACUCCAAAACUUAAAAAUCUAUUUCAGCCAUUCGUUCAGCGAAUCAUACUAGAUGGGGAAAUGAUGCUCUGGAAUCGGUACACGAAUAAAUAUGGCUCCAAAGGUAUGGAAUUGGACGUAAAAAAGCUGAAAAAAGACGGCAAAUAUCAGCCCUGUUUCUGCGUUUACGACAUCAUACUGUUGAACGACCAAUUGCUGACCAACAGGCCUUUAAAAGAGAGAUUGGCAAUGCUGGGACGUGUGUUUAAGAGUCAAGUUCCUGGAACUCUAAUCGUGAGUGAACUUUCAAAAGUUGGCACAGCAGAGGAAAUUGUGGACGCUUUAAACAACGCAGUGGAUAAGGAGGAAGAAGGGAUUAUAGUCAAAGACCCAACUUCCGUAUAUAAAUACAGCGACAGGAACAGCGGGUGGUUUAAACUAAAGUUGGAGUAUUUCCAGGAUACCAUGCACGACCUGGACGUUGUUGUGAUGGGAGGAAAACGCGCUUCUUCCACUUCAUCUCAGCUCAACUCGUUUAUAGUCGGCGUUCAAUCAGGAACCACGAAAACCGGUGGGCCGCUGUUUCUAUCUUUCGCCAAAGUCAGCAGCGGGCUCAGCGACGAACAACUGCAUGAUCUGAAUAGCCGAUUCAAAACCCACGGAAAACUGUUCGAUAGUAAUAAUCACAGCAGCGCUUUGGUUUUUGGGAGCGAAGUUCCCCAUUAUUUUAUCGAACCGGCCGAUUCCGUAGUGUUUGUCAUCCGAGCAACCGAAUUGACGAGAAUCAACAACGCCUCAUAUAAAACGUCUUACACUCUAAGAUUCCCAAGGGUGUUAAAAGUGCGCACCGAUAAGCCAAUCAAUGAAUGCCUUGAUAUGAACCAACUUCUCGAACUGGCCAAACAGAAUAAAAGUGUGAUUAAGCUGAACAAGCGUUAUAUUGAGCUGGAUGAGAUUCUGCAAAUCCAAACCAGGAGAAGGAAGAAGCGGAAAAUCGAAGUGGUAAAAUUCGAAAGCACUAGACAGAUCUCCGAUCUGCUGGAGGGUUAUUUAUUUCAUGUGUUGAAUGGCGACAAGGACCAGCUCGAGGCUCUAGUUAGAAGAGCCGGCGGAAAAGUGCACUAUAAAAUAGACCAUCAGGUUGAUAUAGUCCUGGUGGCCGAUUACAAUGCAAAGGCCAUGGAAAUUUGCAAAAGAAGGAACCAUUGCGAUGUAAUUGACGCUGCGUGGUUGCGCAGGGUGGUUCAAGAGGGAGAUUUGCUGCCAUAUAAAACACUGGAAAUCUACUGCUUGGGCACCAGCAUUAAAAACUGCUUAAGCGACGCCACCGACAGAUAUGGCGACAGUUAUACUCAGGAGGCCACUAUGGAAACCCUCAAGCAUUCAGUCACACUUCUGAGAAAUCUCGGGGAACAACCAUGCUUCGGGCAGCUGCUAGAAAUCCCGCCAGAGAAAACGUUUGCUCCAUUUAAAGCGUUUUUUGAUACACACAGUGACCUAGAAAACGAAAACUCAGCGGUUAUCUACGAAUCGCUCGAGGAUGAGCUGGAGUUCAAGUACUACUAUGGGGAGGUCGAACGGUGCAAUCGAAUUACUGCAGACACUAACAUGGUUAUAACAAACGACUGGCAGCGGCUGGAUUGUAUAAAGGAACAUCUUCAGCGAAUUCACCGGGAGGACGUAGAGAUUAGACAUCGGAGUUUUUUAUAUGAGUGAUCAGAAAUCAAGCUUACCAAUAAAAUUUGGCCAUCAUAGUUUGGUGAGUCGAACUGCAACGGAUUGAUCCAAACGGUUGAAUCGGCACUGUCUGCCGAACUGGUUUUCUCCUUCAAAUCGUCGAGCUUUUUCUUGCCUGGUUUAGCGACGCUUUUGACCGCUGAAUUACUGUUUGCCGCCAGAGUUUUAGCAUUUUCAAUAUUAUCUUGCAGCCCUAA